AUGAUCGCAUUGGUCAUGCUGUGGACCGUCAGCACUCCGUUCAUUGCUUUCGUCAUUCUGGCUCUCAGCAAGUCAAUGCUCCUCUCUCAGAAGCCGGACUUGAGCCGCAUAGACGUCUUCAGCUCGGUCAGUGCCGCAUCUCCCAACACGAAGACAAUGAGCAUAUUUCUGUGGUCGGGCCCAUUCUACAGUGUGCUCUUGUUUGCCACAAGCGUUGACAGAGCCGUGUUCCUGUCAUAUCACUAUUACUUCAGGAAGCACGUUCUGCGCGAACACGUAGGCCCAAGGCCUGACCCGAGCCCUGGAAUCGAUUUGUCAACGCUGAGUCCGGUUCCAGUGCGCAGACGACUGCAUCGACGUGUAAUAAGGGAGUCCCGCCAAUACGACCCUCCCGUCUCAUUCUUCGAGUACGAUAUCCCACUUCCUCCUCGUCCUGACCCAGGCUACCGCUCAACCACGAUCCCUCCCCCAACACCGAUGUCCAGUCUAACCAUGGAUGAACUUCAGGUACCAGAACCGGUAUAUGUUACAGACGGGAGUAGCCAGCGUAACCGUGGCCCUAGGCGAGGAAGUCGGGAAUACGCCGAAGCUAUAAAUCGGCACGUCGAGGCAAACAUGAAGUUCCCUAUGCACCCCAUUCCGGAGUCACCGUCGUCCUUUGGGAGCAGAGUGACCCCCACCUUGGAGGGCCAUAGCACAACGGAUCUACUCAACGAUAAAACAAUAACCAAUCAUGGCAUAGUAUAA